UUUUUUAAAGGCUGAGGAGCAUUGGUGACAGCUUUAAUAGAAAACAGAAUGAGCUCUGGGACCUCUGGGGGCUGCAGAGGAAGGGGAAGGGGUCCUCCCGUGCAAAGAGAAGUGGGGCGUCUUGCAACAUGCAAGCCAGGACCCACCACUGCUAGCCGCGGAGCCUUCGGAGGGAGGAGAAAUCAGGUGGCCCAGGUGGCCCUUGGGAUCUGGAGACACUGAGGGCGAGAGCCACCAGAGCUCUUGAGAAGACAGGCCUUUUGGUCAAACUGGCGUUGAGGUGAAGAAGAGCCACCGCUUGGGACAGACUCACCUUGCCGUGUGGACUGUGGCAGAUCAAGUGAGACAUCUUCCUUGGACUUUGAGUGAUCUGCGCAGGGGGGGAUCCUAACCACCUGCCAUCACUUGUGUGGAGCCUUCACAGUUGACCUGGCCAGACCCCCGAAACAGCCGUCCAUGGACAGCCAUGAAGCACCAGGGGUCCGCUAGUUCCUAAGACCAUGACGUUUUGGCUAUGGGGAUACCUGGGCUGAUUUUUUUCCUGUUAAUGUUGGGAUUCCUGGCCCCAGCUCUCCUCGCUCCCUUGCGACCCGUGUGCGACCAAAGUGUCAUGGACAAAUUCAUCCAAGACGCCAGAAAGGCUGAACGUGAAAUCGUGAAACUUUGUGAGACUUCCUGCAACCUGCCUGAACGUGUCACGGUGCUGGACACCAGGGUCAAUUUUCCCGAGUGGCGAUCAAUGAAUAGAUCAAGGCAGGCAUCCGAGGUGUGGAGAGGCCAAUCCCUUCUUUUGGCAGCCAUCAGCCAAGUCAAAAGCCAACAGCCAACCAUGCAGCCCUUUCUCCGUCAACUGGAGGUGAUAGAAAGCUGCCUACGUAGCAUCAAAGAAAUCCUCCGAGGCCACAGAGCACAGGCAGCCCCCCAAGAUGGCAUCGCAACCCGCACUUUGAGUGUACAAACUGUGAGGAAGCUCUUCAGUGUUUAUGUGAGUUUCCUUAGUGGGAAGGUCAAUCUCUACCUUGCUGCGUCCUGUCAAGACAACUCCAGGUGACACAGGGAGAGCUGCCCCAUCACCACACCACUCCGCAUGCCGCCCCCACUGCAGGGGGUGUGUGCUCCUGUGUUGUCAGCUGAGUGACAGCUUCAUUUGAUUGGCAGAUGUCAAUCACACACACACACACACACACACACACGUGCACAAACACCCCGCAAUGGCUCUGCGUGGAUUGCCGUUCUCUUAUCAACGUGGAAGGUGUGUCUCACUCGCAUUCAUGGCAGUCUAGAAGCGGCUGGCGCUGAUGCCCACACAUUCACAUGCACAGGUAGAGUCUGCCAGUCAGCUCACUGUCCUUCCCAGUUCCUGUUCCCCCCAGGAGAAAACGAAAGAUGCUUUAUGGAAUGUCAGAUGCUUUGUGCACAAACAGACUGAUGCAAGAUGGCAAGUCUAUUUUGUUCUGAACUUUACGGCAACAACGCCGUUCCUCAAAUUUUCAAGGGGAAAAUCUCCACCUUGGUGCAUAAACAGGGUCCUUCUCGGAGGAGAGUAGCAACACAUGUCACCCAUCGUCAUGAAAGCGAAGCUUUUUCAACCACUACCCUCGAAGGAAAAGUUACGUCCACAGAGAGAGGAAUGGAAAAGAGGCAGGGAGUCAGUAAAGUGAGAUGGAAGAAACUUCAACCCAAGGCACUCAGUUUCCCAGAGUGGCUGUGGCAGUUGAGCAAUGGGGCAGGCCCAGGACCUCUCCGCUGCAGGGCACAGAAGGUUGGUCCAAGAGAAGUCCCCCUGCAGCGUGCCAAGGGGGCUGUCAGUGGGUGCCGCCAGGUGACAUUCCCCGAGCACCUCAAAGCAGGCCUCCCAGUGGCUGGGUUGCUUUAGCAGUCAGGCUGGCCCUGGGGAUGGGCCUGCUUGGGGGGCUGGUGAGGAGGGGAGGGGGGAUUGGUUGGAUGGAGACAGAAACGUGGCACAGAGAAGGAAGGAAGGUCUGGUGGGGAAGGAAAGGGCAAGAAGGAUUUUAAGGGGUUUGCUGGGGAAGGAACGGAUGCUUCACAUUCAGCAAAGGAACACCCAUGAGCAUCGGAGAGCCUCAAACAGGGUGAUGCUGGUGACCAUCCAGAGCUGGUUUCUGGGAACCACCACUUUAACCAGGCAGAAAGCAUGCAACGUUUCAUGGGAGGAGUGGGUUCCCGUUACACGCACACGCACCCAGAUAAUGGGAAGCUGAAGACCAGUUCUUUUCACGGUUCUCUCUGGAGGGCUAUUUGUUUGCUUUUUGCUGUGAAUGUUGAAAGCAAAAGUUGCAAGCCGUUUCUUGAAUGCUGCAGCCCUUUUGCACGCGAAGGCAUCUGCACUAUACAUUUAAAGUAGUGUUAUAUUAAUCCUGGGAACUGUAGUUUGUUCAGGGUGCUGAGCAUUGUUAGGAGACACCCCCCCAUUCCCCUCACAGAGCUACAAUCUGCAGAGUUCCCUGGGAAGAGAGAUUGAAUGUUAAAUCACUCAGAUAAAAGUAGCUCUAUCUCCGUACAACUCUUAGCACCCUCAACAAACUACAAUUCCCAGGAUUCUUUGGGGAAAGCCAGGACUAUUAAAGUUGGAUGAUAUUACUUUAAAUGCAUAGUGCAGAUGGGGCCUUACUUGGGAGUAACCCACCUUGAAGUUAGUGGGAUUUAAGUUCUGAGCAAAUAUGCAUAAGCGUGCGCUGCGUGAUAUUAAAGCAUCGCUCACAGAUGAGUGCAGGAACUGAGAAGGGAACAGAUGUUAAGAGGCAAGGGUGAUAUUGUGACUGACAGGUGUAAUUCAGAUCAUACCUUAGAACUGCACAAAGUUUGCAGUGCCAACAGCAAGGAGGUUUUUUGCGAGGGGCAGAUUCCCUACCUACUAGGGUUGCCAGGUUCAGGGCCUGAGACUGGUCCUGUAUCUUUAGGA